GACUUAUUGUUUAUCAAUAUAAAGAAGCAGUUAUAAAUAUAACGGAAUGAAUUGUAGGACAACAAAAAUAUAAUAAAUUAAAUUUCGUAAAAAUUAUAAAAAUGCAGGCACAAAAGAUAAUUGUAAUACACCCCGGUUCUCUUAAUCUUCGCAUAGGCCGUGCUAGUGAUCUAAAUCCUUUAACAAUACUACAUGCUAUAGGACGAAGACGUAAACAAACACCACAGAAUAACCCGAAAUUACAGCAUCAUGAUCCUCUUUUACCUUCUAUGCCAGAGAACGACAAACAAAAUGAAAUUAUGCAGGAAUUUGAGGAAAGUAGAUUGCAAGUAUCCCAUGCUAUACAAUCGCAUAUACCACAACACGAAGAACGCAGUGGUGGACUAAAAAGAUUGCGUAUUGCCACACCACCACAACAAAUUGCCACAUUUAAUAGACGUACCGUGCCGGAGGAAUUGCCCUUGGAGGCAGGUAUAAAAACCGAAGAUACAUUAGUAAAAAAGGAGGCCAAUGAAUUUGCGGACAAUAUUUUUGAUAAAGAUUUGCUCAAAAUUAAUGUAAAUGAAGUUGCCGACUAUAAUAUACAUUUUCCCAUGAAAAGAGGUGAGCUGAAUCUGCACUCAAAUGUGGGAGGAUCUUUGACAUCUGUCCUAUCAGAUUUAGAAGCUAUUUGGUCUUACGCUAUACAUGAGCGUAUGGAAAUACCUCGCAAAAGUUUGGUACAAUAUGGAGCGGUUUUGGUUGUGCCGGAUGUCUACAAUCGAAGUGUUCUCAGAGAACUGGUGACUUUAUUAUUAACACGAUUAAAAUUUCGCGCCUGUUUCCUUCUGCAAGAUCAUGUGGCCGCCACAUUUGGUGCGGGUUUAGGUUAUGCCUGUGUUGUAGAUGUGGGUGAUCAAAAAUGUUCCAUAUCCUGUGUAGAAGAUGGUAUUUCACAGCCUGAUACAAGAGUGCGUUUAGGCUAUGGUGGUGGUGAUGUAACACAAGUAUUUUAUGCUUUACUACGUAAAUGUUGUUUUCCUUAUAAGGAUUGUAAUAUUGAGGAUGAUUAUGAUGAUGCAGUUUUAUUAAUGAAUUUAAAGGAAAAGUUUUGUCAUUUAAAUUUAGAAAUAUGUGGAGCUCAGGAGAAAUAUUUUGAGGUGUCUAAACCUAAAAAAAGGUUACGUUACACUUUUCAAUUAGGUGAUGAGUGUGUAGUAGCACCCCUCUCACUUUUUCACACUGAACUUUUAAAUAUAACUGGCAAACAGCGUUUAGUACGAUUGCAGUAUCGUUAUAGUCAACAAUCCGAUCCAGAAGACUGCUUUGAUGCUGAGUACAUAAGAGAAACUGGUCGAGUGCGUAAUGGUCGUGGCGAUCAGUUGCUAGAAGGUGUCAUGCCGGUUACUGGCGAAACUGCCGAAGAUGAACUUGUUGUUGUCGACAACUAUGAGGUAGAAGAACGUUCUAAUAACUUACGUAAUACCGAAAAAGAUGAAGAGCUUUACUAUUCCUCCACCAAUGGACAAAUUGUACCCCUCGAUCUUGCCAUUGUGCGCAGUAUAGAACGUUGCAGCUCAGACGACAUGAAACGUAAAAUGUAUGGCUGUAUUUUAUUGGUGGGUGGAGGUAGUAAAAUACCCGGUUUCUCUAAAUGGCUAGAACAAAAAAUUACCCUACAAUUAUCGGCUACCACUAAUCACAAUCGAUCCAUGGAUCAAUUGCCUUUUGAGGUGAAUGUUUGUGUUAAGGAAAUGGAUGCAGCUAUGAUUGCCUGGAAGGGAGCUGCAAUUAUGUCAUGUUUAGAAAGUGCUCCUGAGCUUUGGUUAAUAGCCAGCGAAUGGGAGAAGUAUGGCUUACGCAUAUUACGUGAAAAAGCUACCUUUAUGUGGUAAACUUUUUUUGGGAUGGUGAAAUACAUACAAAUCAACUAUAAAGUA